GCAGCAGCCAUCCCGCAGAGCACCCACCGACCGAACCGAGCUCAUCCUGGACCGUGCCGGCAGUCUCCAAUGGCUUUUGUUCUUCUCGAGCGAUGGAAAAUCCAUGAAAAGAUUGGAUCAGGUUCCUUCGGAGAAGUCUUUUCAGCGGAGGAUCUCGAGACCGGUGCCGAUGUGGCCGUCAAGCGCGAGCUCAUCAAUCCAAAGCACACGGCAUACAUCUUCAACGAAUAUGAGUGCUACAAGACUCUUGGAGAUGCCGACGGCUUCCCGAAGGUCCUUUACUGCGGAUCGAUCGACCAGUACAAUGUCAUUGUCAUGACGAUGCUCGGUCCCGACUUGCGGUUUCUGCUGAAGCGGUCGCGCUCAGGGACGCUGCCUAUCAAGACUGUGUUCUACUGCAUUCCAAGGAUGAUUCAGCGGUUACAGUAUAUCCACUCCCAGGGGAUCGUCUUUCGAGACGUGAAACCAGACCAGUUCUGCAUCGGACGCUCCGGCGAAAACGGCCACAUUGGACCAAUCAUCUACAUGAUUGACUUUGGUCUUGCAACCCGCUACAUGCAUGACGGGCGACACAUCCCCGAGCGGAAGCAUGCCAAAAAUCGGCCAAAGACAGGAACGGCCCGAUAUGCGUCUGUUAAUGUGCAUCUUGGAUACGACCAUACGCGCCGCGAUGAUCUGGAAAGCCUGGCCUAUGUGGCCGUCGAGCUCGCCAAAGGAUCGCUGCCAUGGGCUGGAAUCAAUGCGCUGAGCUCGGUGCAAGGAUGGAGAAAGGUCGGCAACAUCAAGAACGAGGUCCUGAUUGCGGAUCUCUGCCAGGACCUCCCGGAUGCCUUCUCCCAAUUCCUAGAAUACGCUAGAAACCUGGGGUUCGACGAGGAGCCCGACUACGGCCGCUUGAUGCGGCUAUUCACGGACUUUUACGACUCCAACUGGAAAGACGAUGUCCUGUUCUGGGAAUAGUCUGCGCACCGGCCGUUUUCAUCGGACCGGGUCACUUCAGCGCCCACCCCCAUGCCUCUCGCCAUUCAUGUGCUUGAGGCGCUCUGUCCUAUAUCUGAUUGCCGCCCAUGUCGCAAAGCCUCGUCAUUUGUGUUUCCACCACCGCUACCACCACUACCACUCCACUACCACUACCACCCCACUACCAAUCCACUUCCACUCCACUGUCAUCAUCAUCAUCGCUAUCGCGUUUGCUACAUCUCAUGUGGCCACGCAAUGCCUGUCGUUGCAAUCCUCUCCCCCAUCUUCCUAUCACUCAUGUUUGUCCAACGCACCAUGUACAGUAUUGUCGGCAUAGAUCACAGCGUCCAAAUAAAAUGAAGUAGUAAUGUC